AAGCGUUUAGAGAGUACUGAAAAUGGCUGCCCCCACAGUGUUAGUGUUCGAGAAUGAUUCUUCCGUGUCUGAAAAUUUGUGCAAGUUUGUGAUAGAUAAAGCCAAUGACGCAAUCAAACGGAAGAAUGUAUUUACAGUGGGAGUUUCAGGUGGGAGCCUAGCCAAAUAUUUAUGCAACAAUUUACCAAGCCUCAAAACUGACUGGUCUAAAUGGCGGAUGUUCUUCUGUGAUGAACGCUACGUGGAUUAUAAUGAUCCUGAUUGUACAUACAAAGUUUACAAAGAAAAUCUGCUGCCAAAGGUUCCCCUCAAGGAGGACAACAUCUUUCCAAUCAAUCCUGAUAUUCCAGUGGAAGAGGCUGCUGCUGACUAUGUAAGAAAGAUCCAGACCGUGUUGCCUGGCGAUGGUUUCCCACGCUUUGAUUUGCUUCUUCUUGGAAUGGGACCUGAUGGACACACGUGCUCCCUGUUCCCUAGUCACAAACUCCUGGAUGAGACCAGCCUGAUAAUUGCACCCAUCACUGACUCGCCCAAGCCUCCUCCUGCAAGAGUGACCAUGACAUAUCCUGUUCUCAACAACGCUGCCUGUGCAGUGUUUGCAUCAUGUGGUGAAGGCAAGGCAGACAUGGUACAGAAAGUCCUGGAGCCAGCCGCCGGCGACCUGCUACCAGCAGCCCGGGUCAAGCCCACCAAUGGGGAUGUCGUGUGGUUUCUGGAUGCGGCAGCAGCCUCCAAGCUGCAGAAUAGGCAAUAAUCUCACAGAAGGAUGGGGUAGCCUAGAGGUCAAAGUGUUGGCUUGUCAUGUCAAAAGUCCGGGUUCGAUGCCCUGCUCAGUAAACAUGUAAAGCCCAUUUGUGGUAUUCCCUAUCGGUUUCUUGCUUCAGUCUUACCAAGAGUAGGGAUUUAUCGGACGGAAACUACAGCAACCCCCCCACACACACACACACAAAACUGAAAUUGAGCACAAAAACUACAGAGUGUUUGCACGCCAGAAAUCUAUAUUGCACGUUAGAAAUUCUUUAGAUAAUCAUUUAAAGAUUCCACAUAUAUCUGAAAGCUUCAGGAUCUGCUAGAGCUAUAACUUUGUUGAUCCGUUUUUUUUCAAUGGAUCCUCGUUUAUUAACCUUGGGUGCCAUCAGUUAGACUCCCUCAGAUCUCAGAAUUUAUUAUCCUGGUAAAAGUAGCAUUAACCUCUACUUACUCACUCACUCACAGCCAUAUAUAGACAAAAAUACUACCGAGGCAAAAAAAAGAACAGAAUGUAGUAUUUAGCUGUGAAACACUGUGGUGAUGGUGGAAAUCAGAGGUGCGAUAUGAGAACCAAAUCAACCUGAGAGAAGAACUAUUGAAUGUUUUUACUUUGUUUAUUUUUAUUUUAUGUUGGGUAGAUUGCCUCUAUUUUUUUAUACCAUGGAUGCAUCUGUGACUGUGCCAGUACAUGAGGGUUGUACUAUAUAGUGUAUGUGGUUGUAUGAUGUACAACAAGACUGGUUGUAUGAUGUAUAGUUUGAGACAAUGUGUAACAAGAAUACUGAAGGACUGGGGCAUAAGUUGGCGAUGGUGCCAAAAUGUCAGGUACAAAUUUGACUGGUUUAAAUGUCAAGGUAGGUGGACCUUUUUGGGGCAUUCCUGCCACAUUAAGUUGUUUUGCUAAUGUAUAACUUACUGUUGAAGGCACAACUCACUCACUAACAUCUGAUCUAUCACUCAAGAGUGUAUGGAUAUGUAUCAUUUACAUGUAUAGGACGAUUUGGGGGGGGGUUGCGAGGAGGUUCGGGCAGGAUUCUUUUCACCUUGAGGGAAAACAGUAUUAUAUUUGUUCUCUCAAGGCUACCAGACGUACUAUUGCGAUAUUUGAAAAAGUAGCAAAAACAUUUCAGGAUGCCCUGUUAUCAAUUUUUGGUGUGUAAAACCCCAAGUAAAUUAAUAUUACAGAGGAUUUAUGGGAUUAUGCUUAUGUGGGAUUAUUUCAUAUUAUGACAUUCAAGUUUAACACAGCUGAUGCUGUUGCUCCCUGGAUUGUCUGGUCCGGACUUGAUUAUUUACAGACCACCACCAUAUAGCUAGAAUAUUGCUGAGUGCAGCGUAAAACUAAACUCACUGACUCAGUACUGUGUUAAAGGUUGUCAGGUAUAUCUGCAGGUUUCAUUUCUCCAAGUACAUUUGGAGUUAUGAUACAAUGCUGUGUGAAAGCUAAAAUUAGUGCUAUAUUUUUAUAUUUUGGAUAUUGAUUUGUUUUAAAUUUUAUGGCAAAUUUUAUUAUUCAGUUAUUAUUCACUGAUUAGUUGCUAGUUUUGUGCACACAUUAUUUUGUCAUGUAUUGGGAUAUUGUAGGCAGAUAUAAGUCAAGUAGUGUUUAGUGGCAUUUACUGUAGAUGGGAACUCUGGGAUCAGAGAGGAUGUAUCAGGGAUAUAUAUACCAGAUGUGUUUAUUUAAAUACCAAAUUUUUUACCAUAAAAAAUAAGUUGUAUGAAAUGUAAUGUUUUAGAUGUUGAUAGCAUGCAAUGAGGGUAUCAGUAUCAAAGUCUAAAGAUGUUGCACAGAGUUGCUUCCCUUAGAGGUUCCAGGAUGAUAGGUUUUCCAAAAUGGUAAAUGCUACCUACCUUCAACAGUUCAGGCUUUCCUCGCACAUCACUCUGACAUCCCAGAUAUGCCCAGUCAAAGUUGUACUAUGACAGCUGUAUUUGCCAAAACUGUGUGUUAAAUAUUUUAAAUUAUCCAAUGCCAACACACCUGAAAUUUUAUUUGCUUGUUGUCAUGAUGCCAUGUCUAAGGCCCAACAGGGGUGGGUUUCUUUGUUUAUCCAAAAUCCAUUGAACCUGGGUAAUAUCCCAGAUUCACAUUCAUUGUUUUGUGAGCUCCACACCCUCAAGGGUUUGACCAGCCGGUGAACUGUGGCAUUCUGCACCACUUGGAAUGUUAAUUGUCAAACCAAUCUCACUCUUAUUGAUUUUCUGAUAACUAUGUUAUCUUGCAGGAACAGUUUGUAAUUCCUGAUAUGGCCAUGUGCUUGUUAAUGUACUUUAUUCUUGUUGGUUUGUUUUUGGAUUAUUUUCUAUCACAUUAUUCUUGAUUAUUUCAAAAUAAAUAUGAAGUAGUCAUA